UCUGUUUGUUUGUAGCCCUUUUCUUACUUCGUUGAUGUGUGCAACCUUGCCGGUUAAUCAGAAAUGAUGUUUUGUCUAUUGAGAUUGAAUUUGUAUUGGUUAUUUGUUGCAUGAGUAACUGAAGGCUGGUGUGCUGCAUCUGUUUCAUUCAGUACUUACGAUGGUUCCCCAAUUCCUUCAGUUGUUGAUAGUUCUACUCGAAAUCCCCAUUUCAUUUUCCUCCUCCAAACAGCCGAAAGAACAACUAAAGCAGCAGAGGAAAAGCGAGGUGAGGAAAAUGGAUGAGGUGAACUCGUACGAGGAGCAGCGCAGGAGGCAGAUCGAGCAGAACAAGCGCAAGCUGGAUGAGCUGCGGGUGCACAAGCUCUCCGCCGCCGUCCGCCAGGCCGCCGCCAAGCCCAUGCCAGACAAGCUGCUGAUGCCUCGGAAUCCGAGGCUGGACGCCCCAACCCGGCGGUCUGGCCGCAUCGCCAGCCUCCCAGAGCAGCCCGACUACCGCAUUAGGAAGGCGAAUGGCGAUGUAAAGACCGAAUCACCUGAUCCAGUUCCAGUGUACGCGACCAACGAAGAGAGAGCCUAUGCUGUUGCCAAGGCCGAACAGCUCAAGGCCCAGCUGGGCUCGGACCACCCAGCCUUCAUCAAGCCUAUGUCCCACAGUUCCGCCACCAAAUCGGGAACGCUGACUAUCCCAGUGCACUUCAAGCAGUAUCUCCCCGUGCAUGAUGAGGUGAUGGCUCUGGUGGAUGAGGUGAAUAAGGAGUUUGACAUGCUCUACCAUGUCACGUACACAUCAUAAGUACUGGGGGGUUAUCUUAACGGGUGGAGAGCAUUUUGUGCUCACCAAGAGCUGGCUGAUGGUGACUGCUUGGUGUUCCAGCUGAUAGAGAGGAGAAAAUUCAAGGUUUAUAUAGUUAGAGCGAGUUCUUACAACAACAAUCACCACUGAUGGUGCGAUCUUCCGGCAUUGCUAGCGCAGAAGGUGUAUGCGUAUUUUCAAUUGGGAUGGGCAGCUAGGAACUUGGCCUCGCUGCUUUUUUGGGGAAUUUGGAGGGUUACGGCUCUCAGCCUAAGGAGACGAACAUGAGCAUUCGUUACUUCGGUCAAAGUGGUACCCAAGAUGAAACGCUUUGAUGAACCAGUUGAUUGCUCUGUUGGGAAAACUGAGCCUUGUGGUUGUUGUUGUUGGUUAACAAACUUGUUAUGUUAGUAGUUGUUUUAGUACCAAUGUUUGUAGUUUAGAUGUCCACGUUUCCUUGUACGGUGGCGGUCAGAUGUUAUGAACAUUGAGAAUCUGCGGAAUCUGCAGCAAGGGCGCGUUUGGUAGGCUGGUCCAGAUUUGUGCACCACUGGCGCAGCGAGACGGGUGUCCCUGCGUGUCACGAACGAGCCACGGGCGACUUUUGGCCCAUUGUUUGACAUUCUGUGCUGCAUCGGCACGAACACAAGUGCAGAUUGUUUGGAUAUGUUCCAUCACAUGUAUUUGGUUGCCAUUUUGGGCACCCUGAUAAAAGCUUCUCCUCACCAAUAUGGUGACCU